CGCACUCACCAUGACGACCAUUUCACAACCCAAGCGCCACACCGUCUACUCGCACAGCUCGAGUGGGAGUCGGCCCUCUCUCCGCUCGUUUUCAGCAUGCUCAGUCCGGUCGGUUAAGCCGUAUCCCCAGGUCUUCCAGGGCACCGAUGCCGUGCCUCAGAACCAACGGGUGGCUCUCCAACGAGUCAUCGACACGCACCAGGCCCUCGAGCUCAAGUACGAACACGAACCGCUGUCGACACCAACAAGCACGACGAGCGGACGGCCCAUGUCUUCGUCGUCGUCGAUGAUGUCGAGUGAAGCGUUUGCGUCCGACUUCAGCGACAUUGGUCUUCCGCAGGUCGAAGUGCGGGCUUUCCGCUACCUGCUCCGGCUCUGGGAUCCCAACUCGUACCCCGCAGAUGACGAGUUUGAUGCGGCCAUUGCAGCGCGGCGGGGGCAGUUUGAAGAGCAGGCCAUCAAGCACUUUAUGACGCGCGUAGCGCUCUGGCACAGCGACGAAAAAGCCGGCGAGGGCAUGACACGCAGCAUCUUCUUCUUCCGGCGGCGGGCCAAGAGCAUCCGGGAGACGCUGAGUGCGACGGGCGACGAGGCUGCCAAGGACGACGGCAGCAACGACGGGCUGAAGAAGGUCACGACGCGGGAAGGGCUGGCGCAGCUCGUGUGGACGCUGCUGCAGGACCGGAGUCUGCUGCAGGAAUCGGGGCUCAGGCAACGGUGUAUGGAUGCACUCAAGGACAUGUACCAUGUGACUUUUACAAAAGAGGGGGGAACACUUGCAAUGUGAAGUUAACCCAAAUCUGUUCUUAUUUUUUUUCUUAUUUUCUUUCUUUCUUUCUUUCUUUCUUUCUUUCUUUCUUUCUUUCUUUCUUUCUUUCUUUCU